GAGAAGGGAGAGCGGGCCGCGAGUCCGCCACAGUUGCGGCUUCAGUGGCUGACUAGUUUACGCAGGGCUGUGUUCAGAGCCACAUUAAGAGGGAGAUUACAGUGUCUGUAGGAGUGCCUGCGCCUGCCAUGGGUGGUGUAGGAGGCGCUAAGAAGGGUAUGGGCACGCAGCGACCCAUGGGGGUGACUGUGUUGGUGGUGGUGGCGGCCACUGUGAUGUUGAUGUCCGCCCCGGCUGGCCAAGCAUUAAGUUUGCAUGACCACAUUUGCAGAUUAUCGAGGAGGAGCAUCGAGAUCUACCCCUUUGAUACGGUUUAUCUCGGCACAAACGCAUUGUCUGUGUUGGUGACAAUGGAGUCUGCGGGAUGUGUCAACUCAACAAAGUGGUUAUUUUGCCAAGAUUUCAAAGCUUCCAACGAAACAACCAUAUCCCUGUUGUCAUUUAAAUGGAAUUGGUACGAAUUGACUUUUAUAAGUUGCGGAAAAUAUAUUGCAAAAAUUGGGUCAAAAAUUGUGAAGUUUAAACGUGUGGUUCCGCCUCAUUGCUUAUCUAAAAGUACUACGUUGAGAGUGGAUUCCACGGUUGUGCUUGGAAGGAAAUGCACAGGACCAGAGAGGAAGGUGAGACAGAGCAAGGCUGAAUGCAAGAGGCUCGAACAGGAGGGUGGUGUGCAGGGUAACUUAUCCAAUCUCGAUACUUUUGUCAACUAUUUUGAGAAGGAACUAAGUGAUCCAAGUAAACCCAUUUCUCGUCGUCCAUUUUCGGACGACGUGCCAGAUCCAGCUGAACCUGCCGGGAACACCUUUCAUAAACAGAGGACCUUUUCCAUGCCGAAAUUCUCUGGAAACAAGGAUGACCCCAAGGAAUCUGAAGCAAACAACAGCAAGACUGUUUUCCAUGACCCCUUGGUGAUUAACAGCGAGACUUUUCUCAAGGGACCUGAGGUGGACGACAACAAGGCUUUUAUCAAUUGGCCAAAAGAUAAUGACAUCCUGCAGGCAAAUUUUGUAACCCCGCCGACUUACAUCCCAGACGACGACUUUUUCUUGAAUGAUCCUCCGGGUUACACAGUGCACCGAAAAUAUAAAGAGAAUGCCAUCCCCAUUUUCAUUGGAAUCGUGGCUUUGACAGUAAGCAUGUGCCUUAGAUUCUGUUUGUGUCGUGGCAAGAGUGUGGUGCGGCGCGUUACAACCGUCACUGUCAUCAGAAGUCGCCCUGUUGGUUCUCCUGACGCGCCUCAGGACCAGCAGGACCCUCCACCCUCUUACGUCGACGUCGUCAAUGAAGUCACGACGCCGGAGAGCCCAUCAGAUGAGGGGUCUGCCGAGCCGCCGCCCCCAGCCUAUGCAGAUAUAGUAGACGAAGUUCAGCCGCCCACCUAUUCGGAGGUGGAGGCACAGUCGAUGCCUGCCUCUGAGAUGUUGCCGCUGGCGGAACAGGAGGCUGGAGCACAAAAUACGCAGCCCCCGCCUGAUUCCGAGUCCGUCCCAGAUGCCAAGGGCUUGGCGGCCACCAGAAGCAUGCUAUCAAAAUACAGACAUCAACAGAAACAGUUCGCCUUCAAAGUGCUGGAGGAGGACUGAGGCCGCUGGCGGCCGCUACUGAUGCUUUCAGGGCAGGUGUCUUCUCCGUCAGCGGCGCCUUCGCAUCGAACAUCACUUUAGAGGAAUCUCUAAGAAUAUUUCUCCAAGAAUAUUUGUGGACGACUAACAUUCGGUCGAGGAUGACAGCCGCAAGCAGUCACAUCUUGAGUAGGUUUAUGGAAUUGUACCGUGUCCGCUGCCUCCCCUCCCCCCACGUGCAUUGUAUGGUAGGUUGGUUGGUAGGCAGAUAGGUCAACAAGACUUAACUGUAUGAAUGGCAACAAAGAGGUGGACGAACAGUUUUAUAUGUACCAGUCACAGUAUUUUUUUAUGGUCUGCAAAAUGUAGAUGGCUAUAACAAAUGGUAAUGUAUUUUAUUUAUCUUAAUUUUAUUUUUAUUUUUUAUCUAUAAACGAAAAAUAAGGUAGUUUAAUUCCUUUACUUGUGAUAGUAGUGUUUAAGGGGUGCGAUGUGGACUAGCGAUCAGAGUGUCCGGGAAGAAAUGUUGAUGUUCUUGGUGAAUCUAAUGAUUUUUAUUUAUUAUCAUAUCUACCUCCUUUGUCCAACACUAGCUGAUAUAUCCAAGUGCCCAAGUGGGCCGUUAUAGCUGGAGUUCAGAAGUGAGGCAGGGAGCUUAUUUAUGAAGUUUAAAAUUGUUAGUCGUGUUAUGUGAUGUUCCCAUCCCCACUCGUUCCCUAAGAAUUUCAUUCAUAAGUUUAGCUGGUUAUCGUCUUUCAUGAAAGGACGCGAUUAGCACGAAGAGUGAGACGUCUGUAUGUUGUAUAAAGCUUUAUCGUGACCGUCGCGCCUUCCCAAGAGCUGUGUGUUGUGCCUCUGCUUAAUAAAAAUGAUACUUUUUAUAUGAAGGAAAAAUAUAAUGGUAAUAACCUUUUUACUUAAA